AACACUAUCUACUACUCUUCAUCACUUCAGACUUCCUCUCUCAACCCAAACUUUCCACUCCCAAACAAAUAACCAAUACCCAACCAUCAAAAUGCAGUUCGCCGCCAUCCUCGCUUUCGCCGCUACCGCUCUUGCCAUGCCCCAUGGCGCAUCAGUCCUCGAUGAGCGCCAGCUCGUCCCUCUCUGCAGCUCCGGCACUGCCCAAUGCUGCGCUACCGAUGUCUUGAACCUCGCUGACCUCGAUUGCCACGUCCCCGCCGUCACCCCCACCUCCAUCAACAACUUCAUCGACACCUGCUCCGCCGAGGGCCAGCAAGCCAAGUGCUGCCUGCUCCCCAUCCUCGGCCAGGCCCUCAUCUGCUCCGACGUCAACCGCCAGCCUGAGGCCGUUGCUCCCUCUGCUGCCGCUUAA